AUAACUGCGCAGUAUCACCGUGGAUUACCGCAGUGUUUUCAAAAGAAUGAGGCUGAGAUCAGAAUUUCACAAAGUUCCUUGUCUCGAACGCUCACCCUAGUACCCUGCGGACCACACAGCUUGCUUUACUCCUAGCUUGGUGGUCACCAGCAUGAUCGACCGGCGCUGACACGCUACCCGCAUCUUACCCGGACCCACUCCGAACAGCUCGGAAAUCAGGUUUAUACAUGCGGCACCUCAAGAUGACGAUGAUUUGGAUUCAAUUGAGCAUGCUUUUCAUGCUGGUUACUGCGUUGAUAAGCACAGCGCAGGGGUCUAUUGUCCCCGACCAGGUGCAGUUUACUGGUGAUAUGAACCUGGUUGUUAGCCCGCAGGACAUGUCCAGUUUUGCACUGAACAUGACCAUACUGGAUGUGACCCAGGACAUGUAUAAAGUGUUUGGAUAUGCUCCAAUAGCCACUGUACAUAACGAUACAACAGACCUACUAUUGGAGGCCAACUCCGUGACACGUAUCUACAUUGGAACACCAGACAAUGCAGCUUACUUAGCAGAGCUGACAGAGCUAUCAUCCUGUCUGUCCGGUGCAGAGUCGCAUUGCUUACGUCUUGUUGCUGAUCAACACGACACAAGUCAUUCUCACUACUGGUUGCUAGCUAUUGGUGCUAAUGUACGCGGUGCUAUAUACGCAGCAUACACAUUCAGUGAGCAGAUUCUCGGUGUGGAUCCCAUGUAUCGCUUUACCGACAUACAACCAGACUAUCGACCCAUCAUCAAUACCAGUGUGGCACUCAUCAACUCACUUACAUUCGCCUCACCCCAGUUCGAAUACCGGGCUAUUUUCACAAACGAUGAAGAUUUGCUUGGCGGGUUCACGCCUGAUCCACUGGGGAGAUCUGUGUUCAGUUUGACGACAUUCAACUGGCUGUACGAGACAUCGCUGCGUUUGAAAAUCAAUACGUUCCAGCCAGGUACGGUCCCGUACCCGGAUGAGCAGAGCUUGACACUGGCAUCCCGUCGUGGUCUCAUUGUGACUGACAGCCAUUUCAACACACUGGGAAUCAACACGCUGCGCUGGCCAGCUAGCAUGAAGGAUGAGUGGUCCUGGAGGGACCAUCCUGCCAGCAUGGCCUAUGCCUGGAAAGCCUCGAUUGCCGCCAUGAAACCGUUGGAUGACGUCAUAUGGAGUGUUGGAUACCGCGGUCUAUGGGACUACCCCGCCCCAUGUCCGGGCUGUACUGAUGCAGAGAAGGGUCGCUACAUCAGCGAAGCGAUUGGCAAUCAGACUCAGUGGGUGAAGGAGAUGGUCCGGUCCGAUGCAAAGUUCAUCACUUUCAUGUGGUCUGAAGGUAUCGGAUAUCUAGAGAAGGGGUAUUUGACUAUUCCCGAUGACGUCAGCAUUCUCCUGACCGACGCCGGGCCUGGAGAAAUAUUCGGUUUGGACGCGUACGCCAAUAUAUCUGAUGGUGUCUACACCCAUGUGGCUAUGUUGAAUGGACAUGCAAAUCAAGUGACGGAGAUGGUGCCACCAUCGCGGCACUUUGACCAGCUUGGCACACUGGUGCAGAAGGGUCGUCGCACCAAGUACAUCAUACUGAACACUUCCGACUUGCGUCCCGUGCCACUGACCACCGAGGCUGUGAUGCGCUUUGCCUGGGAUCCCAAACCGUUUAUGACGGCCGCCAGUACAGACGAGGCACAGACGCAGUUCAUCACGCAAUGGUCUAUGCAGAAGUACGGUGUGGACCAGGAGACAGCCAGCAGUAUUGCAGAGUUAUACAAUCACUAUUUCUCCAUUCCGUUCAUUCAGCAGGGAAACGGCGAUAACAUCCGCGCAACGUAUGUAAUCGGCAUGGCCGGGACCUACAGCUCUGACUUACAGCACACGAGAAAUGUAUCUGCCGCCCUCCUGGCACGCGCGCACACGGCAAUCCCUGCAUCACUUGGGUAUGUACGUAGUCUUCAUGCCAACGUCACCACAUUCUUCAACAAGAUUGAGAGCAGUAUGACCAGUGAUCGACGCAACUUCUUUGUAGCCCACCUGCUUGGGCAAGCCGCCAUGCAGCGUUACGGAUGCGAAGUACAGAACUCCCUGGCAUUGUCCAUUAUAUCCAUGGCUGGUGGUGAUGUGACGAAUGCUACCCUGAACAUCAACGAGGCGUUGCAGUACUUCGAUGCAUUCUUCAGUGCACAGCGUGGAGCGGAGACAUCACACUGGCGUGGGCUCUUCAUGCACUCGCAUCUCGCCGACUUUCACCGUGCACGGUCGCUGGUGCGUCAAGCCUUUGUGGCACUGAAGCAGAUCUCGACACAAGCUAUCCGGCUGCCACCGGUAUUCCCACGUAUGUAUUACACCUUCAUGGAUUAUCAGCUAGUGAAUGAGAAUGAUUAUCCGUUGUUCUAUGCGUCAUCAUAUUGGAACAUGCAUAACUUUGUACGCAUUAGCUGUAUGAAUAUCAGUAGUGCUGUGUGCUAUAACAAUGCCACUGGUGGAUUCUUUCACAGCACAGCUAACAUAAUGAUGAGAUCAUUGUUAUUGGAUAGUGACAGCACUGCUGCUAUUCACUACACACUGGAUGGUAGUGCUCCCACUGCACAGUCACCGGUCUAUGAUACAGUGAAGGGUCUGGCUGUGUCUGCUAUCACCCAUAUCAAGGCUGUGGCGUUAGCAGCAAAUGUGACACCUAUUGUUGUGGCUGAGGCAACUUUCAUCAAAGUGUAACUCCAUAAUUAUUCGAACUCCUAUUACAUAACAUAGAAGCUGCGACAAACUCGGCCAUUUGAAAUUUUGAAACACUCCACCACUCCACAUUGCGCUCUUGGCCCACAUUCAACGCCAUACUCUAAAGCCAGGAAAUUCGUUUUUGGGGAGAUGCUGCAUAUCCUAUUGUGUACUCUGCUCUUUCUUCAUUCUUCUGUCUGCUUCCUGAGUAUUGCGAUUUGUCGGUUGCUGAUGUGAUCCACCCAUUCUAACCA